UUGAAACCGCAGAAGAAGAAAACGUCACAGAUUGUAGAAACAAGCGCGCGCCGUGGGAGUCAGCGUAUUGACGAAUACGAAAGUACUUGUAGCCACCUGCCUCACAUACUGUAAAAUAAAAUCUAGAGAUGGCGUCUGAGGAGAUAGCGCAGCUUGCUGAAGCGCUGUCCAAGACACAUGUUGGUGAUGGAGAGUUGAGCUACAAGGGCCGGGGCCUCAAGCUGGACAACGUCGAGUCUGUGAAAGAUCUGGUGGUUGAGAUAGAACAAUACCAUGGCUUGAGAGCACUACGAUUGGAGGGGAACACGGUGGGAGUAGAGGCAGCUCAAGCCAUCGCCAAGGCCUUGGAAGGAAAAGACCAGCUUCAGAGAUGCCAUUGGAGCGACAUGUUCACAGGGCGACUACGAUCUGAAAUCCCCACAGCAUUGAGAUGCCUCGGCAGUGCCAUAAUAACAGCGGGAGCCAGACUCAAGGAACUGGACCUGAGUGACAAUGCCUUUGGUCCUGACGGAGUGAAAGGCAUUGAGGCGCUGCUCCAGAGUCCCUCUUGCCACUCACUACAGAAGCUCCGCCUUAACAACUGUGGCAUCGGUAUCGGAGGAGGCAAGAUCCUGGCUGCAGCGUUAACAGAAUGCAUUAGGCAGUCUUCUGCCCUUGGUACCUCACUAAGACUCAAGGUCUUUGUCGCAGGCAGGAACAGACUGGAGAAUGAGGGAGCCACGGCCCUAGCCCAGGCCUUUCAGUUGAUGGGCAGCCUGGAGGAGGUGCACAUGCCCCAGAAUGGCAUCAACCACCCGGGGGUGACAGCUUUGGCAACGGCCAUGCAGCACAAUCCUGAACUCCGUGUGCUGAACCUAAACGACAACACCUUCACCAAGAGAGGAGCACUGGCCAUGGCACAGGCCCUGAGACACCUGCAGAAGGUUCAAGUGAUCAACUUUGGGGACUGUCUGGUCCGCUCUGAGGGAGCCAUCGCCAUCUCCGCUGUCCUCCGAGAGGGCCUGAAUACACUCCAGGAGCUGAACCUGUCCUUUGGGGAGAUCACAGAGGCAGCUGCCCUGGUGGUGGCCCAGGCUGUAAAGGACAAACCUCACAUGGUGAAAUUGGACCUGAAUGGUAACUGUCUGGGGGAGGAGGGCUGUGAGGCCCUGAAGGAGACCCUGGAGAACAUGGACAAAGCAGACCUGCUGGCAUCACUCAGUGAUGAUGAGGGAGAGCCUGAUGAUGAAGAUGAGGACGAAGAUGAGGAUGGAGAAGAGGAGGAGGAUGGAGAAGAGGAGGAGGAUGAUGGCAAAAAAACAAAAGAGAAUGGAGUGUCAAGUGAAGAAAGCAGCCCUAUCAAGCCACAGAACACGACCAUGCUGGAGGUGCAGUCCUUUCUUAGCUCCCCCUCAGCUGAGAGCCUCCUCAGCCUGGGGGAGAAGAGGGCAGAGCUGCUGGAGCAGCAGGUGGAUGUGUCAGACCCGGACAAGGCAGCAAACAUCUUUUUGAAAGUCUCCUUUGUUUACAACGAGGAAACGGAGGUCAAGAGAGCUGUUCUGGAAACCAUUGACGCCCUGUUGAAAAACGCCUUUUCUGGCUCCUCUCUUCAGACCUACAGCUUCCUGUCCACUCUCCUGGUCAUGAUGGGACUUCUCAAGGGUGAAGGCAAGGCAAAGAAGGUGCAAGUGUUCCCAGGUCACUUGCUGGCUCUGGAGCAUGCUGUCCAACAGGACUAUUUCCCUCAAGACCACGCCUCCCUGCUGCUCACCUUUGUGUCCAGGUGUGGUAAAGUCUUGAAGUCGUGCAGCAAUGCCACCGACAGCCUCAAAUCCACUCUGGAAAGGAGGAGCACUCCACAGUGCUGAGACCUGCUCUGUACCCUCUCAUAGGACAGCACUCUGCUCCAGCCUCUUACACACGCACACGCUGCACUGAUUGAUGCCUAUUCUGCCUCCUGCCUUGUAUGUAGACUCUACACUGAACUAAAGAUGAGGACUAAACUUUACCCUCUGUCUACCUGGGUUCUCUGUAAAGCCUUCUACUUGAAGAUAGCUCAUUCACUUUCGUCUUCAUAUUGUUGAUUUAAUUUUUGUACUUGAUUUUGCUACUUCUAUUUUUAUAAGAAGAGAACUUAAAAACCACAUCCACAAUUAUAUAUAGAAAAAAGGGAAACAUUUACAAUGUGAAGAAAUGAAAAUAAUUUUUUUAUAGUUGUGCUUAUUAAUUUGUCUACACAUAUCACUGUUAUUUCAUUAUUGUUGUUGUUGUUGUCGUCUAACCUUUAGCACUAGGUUAUUAUGAGAGUCUGGCUUUGCCGGCCAUGUGUAUACUUGAGUAAUAUUCUUGGCUACCCAGCUGGGUUUAACCAGGUCAAAUCAUUUGUGCAUUAAACUGUGAGAAGGAAUGGGCUGCAUGCAUGAGCAUUUCCUCCUAUAGACGAAGACCUCUACAGUACAGCACACCAUGUGUGUGCAGGGCUCUGUACACAGCUGCAACAAUUGAGCUCAGGAUACUAUACUGUGAUGUAAAUGAACAUGGGGAAAUAAGUGGCAUUUAGAAAUAAUUUCUAUUGGUAUAAAACUGAAUUUUGAUUUAACAUUGACUGGCAUAUAUGGGUAUUUCUCUGGUUGUAUUUGAAGUAGUAACGUGUGGAAUAAAAACGUUUUUCCAA